AUGUUUCCCGAGUGGAUAUAUGAGCUCUGCCGUGAGGGCUCGACCGUGACAUUGGAAGUGGCCAAUGACCCUGACAGCGCGGCUCGUGACAUCAUUGACAGGUUGUUCAGGCCCCCCCAGAACAGUCUCUGUGGCGGAUGUGAUGGCGGCCACCAGCGGAAGCGAAAUAAACAUCUGGACUUGCAGCAGGCGUAUCUGUGUGGGAGAUGGGGUGACCAAAGACCCAGUGACCUCUUCCUUCAGAUAUUCCAUGAUGUAGUCUGUACGCUUGACCGCGAUCCGAUGGCCGGGUUGACCUCACCUGCACUGCUGGGGAGCUCUGGUGUUGUGCCGCUGACCAUCAUCGCUCCGACCCCCGACAUCUGCCGCCAUAUGGCCAAUUGUAUCGUUCGGGCAGACAAGGAGGUGUUCCUGGCCACCAACUACUGGAUCUUCUCCCGCUGCUCAACCAUCAUAACAGAUGCUUUGCGGGAGAUAUCCGUUCGUGCUGGGAAACGCGGAACCAGAGUAGUAGUGAAGAUCAUGUAUGAUCGCGCACAGCUGAAACAAAUUUUUAAAAAUCGUCUGUUUGUCUAUCCAAAAGUAGCGACAGAUAUCCAUGUGCAACUGCCUCCGCCGGAGCACAUCCCCAAUCUUGACCUGGAAGUCAUGAACUACCACGGCCCAGUGCUUGGCACAUUUCACUCGAAAUUCAUGAUUGUCGAUAGGAGAUUGGCUCUGCUUCAAAGCAACAACAUACAGGACAACGAUAAUCUGGAGAUGCUGGUGCGAUUGGAAGGCCCCAUCGUCGAUUCUCUCUACGACAUGGCGAUCAUCUUGUGGAAUGCUAAGAUGAGACCCAUGCUUCCGAUGAUCAAUUCGCCGGCGGCAUCGGAUCAACCGCCAAGCUUUGCCGACCAUAUCUCUCGGACAGGCCCUGAGAGAGUUCCCGGCACCAUGCCAACAGAGAGCCAAGCACGAACAAUGGAGAGCACCGAUAACCCCGCCCGAGACUGUGAAGAGUAUCUCCCUGAUAUCGCGGCAGAAGCUGCAGGCAUCCAAGCUCGCCUUAGGCGUCGGGGUUUUGAACACAAAGUGGAAGCUAUCGCACGCCCCUUGAAUAUUAUCAAGCGUCCCGAUGGAAUAGGCGAUGCCCCUGAAUGGCCCGAGGAGGAUGAUAUGAUACCUUACAUCUUACAUUCGCCGCAUAAGCCAUUUCCGAUGGCGUUGGUAUGUCGAGAGCCAUGGCCUGCUCUGAAUCGCUCUAGUGUCUACACACCUCAGAACGUUGCCUUUCUUUCAGCUAUCCGCAACGCUCAGAGGACCAUUUUCAUUCAAACACCGAAUCUGAAUGCGGAAUACUUGCUCGAUCCCAUCCUCGAUGCUGUUCGCCGUGGAGUCGUGGUGACCUGUUAUCUCUCUCUUGGAUAUAGUGAUGCAGGACAACUACUUCCCUUUCAAAAUGGCACCAACGAAAUGAUAUCAAACCGACUCUACAACUCUCUCCGCUCAGAAGCAGAAAAGUCACGGCUUCGGAUAUACAACUAUGUAGCGAAGGACCAGACGCGACCCAUCAACAACAAAUUCAAACAGCGAAGCUGUCAUAUAAAGCUGAUGAUCAUUGACGAGCACAUUGCAAUUCAAGGAAGUGGGAAUCUCGAUACUCAAUCCUUCUUCCAUUCGCAGGAGGCCAAUGUUCUUCUUGACUCCACCGAUGUAUGCCAGACCUGGCUCGAGGGCCUCCGCAGAAACCAGAACACGGCUACAUACGGGGCGGUUAAUCCACAAGAUGGAUGCUGGCACGAUCCGGUGACAGGCGAAAUGGCAGAAGGCUCGAUCGGAGUUGAUCCUGGCAGGUUUAGUUGGAUGAAGGGGAUUGUUGGGGUGAUCCAAAGAGUUCAGGGAGCCGGAGGGUUUUGA